AUGCAAACAAUUUUGAGAAGAGUCAUACAAAAUCGCACAAUUCGGACCGCAGCGAUUAUUGCACCUCAUUUCUUAAAAAUAUAUUUGAGAUUUAUCAACACAAUGGCUUAUUACAAGGGAUGGCGAUACGUCGCCUUUUUAACUGGUUUCGUUGGGUUCAUAGGAGUAACACUUUAUCCAAUAAUAAUUAGUCCAAUGAUGGAUUCUUCGGAAUAUAAAAAAAUACAAAAGGUAGCAAGGAAAAAUAUAAGACAGGAGGAUAUUCAACCAGGCAAUAUGAAGGUGUGGUCAGACCCAUUUGAUCGAAAAAAGCCAGAAAGUGAAUAA